GGAAAAGUGGAGGUAACAUGAAAACAGAUAACACAACCAAACUUGCCUGUUCAAACGUUUGUUGACGUUUGUUUUGAUGUAAAACUCUAUUGUCUUGUCUUUUUCUUCAUCCCUCUCUUACAUAUCAUCUUUUCUUCCUUUCUGCUCCUCCAAACUUCUCCAUCUCCAUUCCAAUGGGACACGGCCCACGCUCCCAACCAUUGGAUUUGGCCAACAUCUUUAAGAUUUCAAAAAACAAACCAUUGAAAGACGUCACCAAGGCUUACAAAUCGCUUCUUUCCAAAAGGACUCAUGACAAGAAAAACCCCGGGAAUCCGACAACACCCACAGAGUCUGAGAGAUUUGUUAAUAAGAGAGCGGAUGAAGACAUUUGGAGUCCUAAAUUUUUGUCAAGGGCAGCAAGUAGUAGAUUAUCUAAAACACCAACACCAAAAUCAAGGCCUAUGUCAAGAAAUGGAAGCAGGAGAUCAUGCAAAACACCAAGUUCUCUAUCAAGAAAUUCUAGUCGAAAGAGUGCUGCAGAAAUUGCUUCAUCAUCUAUCAAAAAGAUGAUGAGCAAAAGGGGUUCCUCAGCUUCUCUGUCAAGGAACAAAACUACGUUGGACAUCUCUGAACCUGAGUUAACAAACCAUACCUCCUCUCCAGGAAAUGACGCAGGCACAAAAGGUAGCUCUGAACAUAUAUCUGGAAUCUCUCUUUCGAGCAAUCUGAGCCAUAGAUCCACAACACCUAUCAUAUUUUCACAGACAACAUCUAGAAGGAAACCCCCAGAUGUUGAGACAAAGCUACAUUGCACACUUGAGGACUUAUGUUUUGGAUGCAAAAAAAAGAUUAGAAUUACCAGAGACGUCAUCAAAGAUCCUGGGGUAAUUGUCCAACAGGAGGAAGUUCUAAAAAUUGAGGUAAAGCCAGGAUGGAGAAAAGGAACAAAGAUUACAUUUGAAGGAGUGGGUGAUGAGAAACCUGGAUUCCUUCCUGCUGACGUAAUAUUCGUGAUUGAUGAAAAGAAACACCCUUUGUAUACAAGAGAUAGCGAUGAUUUGGAAUUGUGUGUUGAGAUUCCUCUGGUGGACGCACUAACAGGCUGCUCCAUACCAAUCCCUCUGUUGGGAGGGGAAAAUAAGGCUUUGGCAUUUGAGAAUACAAUAAUAUAUCAUGGAUAUGAGAAGGUUAUUAAAGGUCAAGGAAUGCCAAACGCCAAAAAGAAUGGGUCAAGAGGUGAUCUUCGUGUCAAAUUCCUGAUUGAUUUUCCCAAAAACUUAACUGCAGAACAGCGGAGAGAAGUUGCUUGUAUCUUGCAAUAUUCUGGCCAAUGACCACAUUCAGAUGUGUACUUGAUUUUGCUACAAAAUAGAGGACAACAGAGUAUUUUAUCAUCAGUUUAAGAAAUUUCUCGCCACAGCUUCGACAUUGACACACAUUCAAAUCAUCUUUCUUACGGUGCAUGCAUAUUUCAGUCAUAUGAGGCAUCCAACUCACUGAAGCACACAAUAAUGGAUGCAUUUCGUGCACAGAGAAUGAGGAUGUUGAGUUGAGCUUCCAUAAGAGGAGAAGGUCAGGGCUGUUGAAAAACAAAGAGAACUUUCUACUGAUGUUGUCUUCAGCAGUUGUCUCCUUCCUAAGUAGCCUGCCUCUUAAUGUGGCCAAAUGCAAAAUCUUCAGAUUGAUUCCUUCCAGAUUGAAAACCAGCACAAUUUGUAGCAUUGCAGGCAAAAAUCUCAUACAGAAUGCAACUUUUACAUUAUUGCCCUAGGUUACUUAGUCACAGGUCAUAGCACAUAGCAUGUUACUUGUUCAAAUAUCUGAGGAGAUGAGUGUCGCCAAAGAUAUAAUGUUUGUAUGUAUCUAUAACAGUAGGCAACAAUGCAACUAGAGUUUCACCAGGCCUUUGUUUUUUCAGCUUCUGCUGCAAUACAAUGAGCAAAUGUCCAUUUGUACUUUUUUCAGCCAAACAAGACUAGAGAAGGAAAAAUAAAAGCGAAACAACUGAAUACCAA